AUGGAGGCCGGCGGCGAAUGGAGAGUGGUGAGAAGAAGAAGGGUUGGUCCAAACCGUUCCCAGAGUCCCCCGGUGAGGCAAUCAAAACAACCCAUAUCUAGGGUUUUCCCCACUUCCGAGCAAGUUGAUCACCGGAUUGGAGCAGAAAACAAUGACGUUGGAGUCACUUUUUUCUUCAAUAAUUUCCCCGAGGGAACCUGGUUCCAAACGCUGGAGAGACGAUUCAAAGCUAUAGGGAAAGUCAGUGACAUUUUCCGCCCACAGAAACGAGACAUCAAAGGAAAGCCUUUCGGGUUCGUUCGGUUUGAAGAAUGUUCGGAUAGAGAAGCGCUUCUGAGAGAGAUGAAUAAUAUCUGGUUCGGGAGCUUUAAACUCAGAGCUUAUUUUCCCAGAUUUGAAAGACAACAAAGAGAAGACAGUAAUACUGGGACUCGCACUGAUAGCGGAGUUAGAAGAGGCAACUCCAACCUACGAGCCACUGUCAACGGAGGAAGGAGGUUUACGAUUCAAGUUCCAGAUAACAAAAGGGAAAAAGGUAAAACCUUUGUAGAAGCUCUUGGAGGGACGACCAACAAAAACGAUGAUCUUCCGGCUGAUGAAAUGCUUGGAUUUCAGCCAAAUGAGGAGGAGAUGGAAUGGGUGAGGAACUCUUUCACAGGUUAUGUUAAACCGGAAUUUGAAUGGGACGAGUUCGAAGAUGAGAUUAACAGUGAAUGUGAAAAUCUCCUGUCGGAGUUUGACGAAUGGUCAAAAUUUUGGUUCGAGUGGAUCCGACCGUGGUCGUAUGUCGACGUCUGCUCACAAAGAACAGUUUGGACGAAAUGGAUUGGUGUCCCGUUGCAAGCAUGGAAUCCCAGAUUCUUUGAAUACGUGGGAGCUCGGAUGGGAAUGGUCUUGAAAGUUCAUGAAAAAACUACUUCUAGAAGUCGAUUGGAUGUGGCAUGGAUCCAAAUGUCUACCGGACUGGAGACGCUAAAUAGAGUGGUUGAAUGUAGAAUAGCAGGAGCCCAAUUUAAGAUUAGAAUUGAAGAAUCGGUGGAUCUUAUGGCUGAGGGCGACACUCUUUUUUCAGAGGUUAACUCGGAUUGUUCUGAUGAAAGUUCGCCGGAGGAUGUAGAGGACGUCGAUCAUGUUUUUCCGACGAAGGCUCAGAUCGGAGAUGAACAGGACAACGUCUCUGAGUCGAAGUCAAUCCAAAAACCAGAAAAUUCUUCGUUCUCGCCGAAAGGAGCAGAAACUUCUUCGUUUCCGCCGAAAGGCGCAGACCUAGAGGAUAUCCCCGAGGAGGGCCCCACUCGAAAUUGA